AUGUCGUCUUCGUUCGCCGACUUUGAUACUGGUCAUCGUGACUUGGUGACUGUGACCAAGUUCAACUUUUAUGGGAAUCGCAUAGUUACCGCUUCGUCAGACCAUCGCAUGAAAGUCUGGGACCAGCAAGAUGGAGAAUGGCAACUCAUAGACACAUGGCGUGCCCAUGAUGCAGAAAUCCGCGACGCGACCUGGAAUGGGCCGUUUACCGGUCAGCAUAUUGGCAGCGUAGGCGAAGAUAUGAAGUGUAAAAUCUGGCAAGAGGAUGUCACUCAACCGCCAAAUUCCGGCCGGCGAUUCAGAACUAUCUUUCGCAUGACGGCGCCUCAGCGGCACCCGUUCGUCUCAAUCGACUUUCGUAACAUUGACCUUGAAUCCUGGCUCGCUGUGAUAACACGCGACGGAUUCUUGAGGGUCAUGGAACCUGUUAGCCCGGACUCACUAGCAGACUGGCAGACUGUCGAUGAGUUUCGAGUGUGCACCGCCCCUCAGCGGGGAGAAGAGACAAGCUUCAAAGUCCAGUUCCACCACGAUCCCACAGACAUAACGCACUCGAUUCUUCCAUCAUGGGACCGCAAAAGCUUGUCCCUCGUUGUUGCAGCAAUGGACAGUAUAAAGGUUUACCGGACUGACGCCAACCGUCGCUUUUAUCAUGCAAUAGAGUUGACCGGCCAUGGGGGAUUGGUGAGGGACAUAUCCUGGGCCAAUGGCUCAGUCAGAGGCUAUGACUUGAUCGCUAGCGGGUGUAAAGACGGCUUUGUGCGAGUGUUCGAGGUUCAUACCUCUCUUGCCUCCAAUAAUUCUCGAGAAUCUGACCGCAACCACACCCCAUCUUCAGCAUCUCAGUCAUCGCGCACGACAGUACAAUCAGGGAUAGGGUCAGCGCUGGCAAACCGUGCACCCACUUCUAUGACGAGCCGCUCCACGACUGGUGACUCGCAGUUCAAGCAUUUCUCCAAGGAAGUCGCAUGCAUCGAUAGCAAACAUCUAGACGUAUGGCAAGUCGAGUUCUCGUAUGCAGGUGACUGCCUGAUCUCCUCCGGCGACGACGGCGUUGUGAGAUUCUGGAAGAAGGCAUUGUCCGGGGAAUGGCUAGAAUACGCGGAGACAGAUAUGAGUUACCAGUAA